AUGUCCGAUAUGGUAGGCGUUGCUGGUCCCGCCGCGCCCGCGGGCAACGGCCGUGUUUCCAAUGGUGGCUCACGCCUGCCUCAAGCUGCCCCAGCUCCGAUGCCUUCUGCAUCCUCACAACCGCCGAGUGGCGUACGCACCCCGACAGACAUCAUGAGACAACGUCGAGAUCGGGAGGCUCGUCGCAAAGCGGAGCAAGAGAUCCGCGCGAGAGAACAGGAAGAGUUGGAAAGACUCCAAUUGGAGCAGGAGCAACAUGAGCAAGCUCAAGCCCAGCAGUAUGCUGCUGGCGCUGCCGCUGAUCCAGCUUCACAGCGCCGUGGCCAGCCUCAACGAGCUCCGAGAGGCCCUCAAGCUCAAGUACCCCCGGAAAAUGUGGCCGUGACAGCUCCAGGGCCAAUCCCUGGUUAUCGUCCUACCACCAGUGCCGGACCGACAGCUCCCAGGCAGGACUAUCAAGCCCCACCUCCCCCCGCAGGUGGACGCGAUAUGACCGGUCAACCGCCACUAGCACCUUCAUCAACUCAACAGCGUCUGGGGCCAACUGCUCAGCAUGCGCGCUCGCAGAGUGCAGCCGCGGCAACGGGACCUCAAACCGGACCAAGCCCCUUCUCCAAGUCUGCACCAGCUCCCGCGAGCAGCCAACCGGAUGGUACCUCUCAGACACUCCAGCAGCCACGACGAUCCGGCUUCCCACAUGCUUUUGAACGGUGGGAGACACUUUCUUCCCAUUGGGAGGGUCUCACCAGCUACUGGAUCCGCAAACUCGAGCAGCAUAAUGAGGACUUGGAACGUGAUCCACUUAGCCAGCAACUGGCUCGCCAGAUCACUGACUUGUCUGCCGCCGGGGCCAACCUGUUCCAUGCCGUCGUUGAGUUGCAGCGGUUGCGAGCUUCCUCGGAGCGCAAGUUCCAACGCUGGUUCUUCGAUACUCGUGCCGAGCAGGAGCGUUCCAAGGAGGUCCAAGCAGACCUGGAACGUCAACUGAAAGCCGAACGACAGGGCCGUGCGGACGCCUUUGCUGCUGCUCAAACGGCUGAGCAAGACAAGACCCGUGCCGAGGAUCUCCUUCGCGAGAUGCGACGCGAGCUGCAAAUCUCCAAAGAGGAAGCGCGGCGUGCAUGGGAGGAGCUUGGCCGUCGCGAACAAGAAGAGCGCGACAGAACCAACUCCCUCCGAAAUGGCGAGCCCACCCUCGUCGGCGGCGUUCAAGUCGUUCCCAUGGUCCAAGGUGCCCCCAGUCGUCACACCACCCGUCCACCAACCCGCGAGGGUCCAUACCCUGGCGGUCCAACGGCGACCUCUAUGGGUACAGACUACCGAGGCAAACCGACGGAUCCCAGCGUAAGCCGCACAUACUAUGACGAAAACACACCCAUGUCCCCAACGGGCUCCGAUCCCUUCAUCGAGCCCAAGAAGACCGACCCCCCGGCCUCCAAGGCAUCCUACCCACCCACCAGCCAAUUGUACCCGCACGAGCCGACCGCGGCAUCCUAUCCAGCCCCAACCUCCGAGCCCGACGCACAUUCGUAUGUCGGCAGCAGCGAGGCCGAGGAAGAUUACGCCGGCUACGCACGCGACAACACUCAUCCCUUCAGCUACCCGGCUGCACCACACUCCGAGGGCAGCGAUGAGUACGAUCACCAUCCUGACGAGCGCCACUACACCACCGACGGCGCGUACACGUCCGGCGAUAGCUCAGCACCCAUCCACGCGCCCUACCCUCCAACUACGGCCGACUACAGCGGCUCCGGCUGGGGUGUUGGAUCAGGUUGGGAAUCCGUCACGCCCCGGCAUCGUCACCCGACGCGUCUGAGCGACGUGCUCGAGGAGGAUGAACCGAGCCGUACGAGUCCCAGUCGUGCUAGUCAGGCUAGUCGCAGUAUACAGGGAGCCAGAUCCGACUUGUAA